AUGGCCGCCAACUCCACCAGCGACCUCCAUGCUCCCGGCACACAGCUGAGCGUGGCUGACAUCAUUGUCAUCACCAUGUAUUUUGCUCUGAAUGUGGCCGUGGGCAUAUGGUCCUCUUGUCGGGCCAGCAGGAACACGGUGAAUGGCUACUUUCUAGCAGGCCGGGACAUGACGUGGUGGCCGAUCGGAGCCUCCCUCUUCGCCAGCAGCGAGGGCUCUGGCCUCUUCAUUGGACUGGCGGGCUCAGGCGCGGCAGGAGGUCUGGCCGUGGCAGGCUUCGAGUGGAAUGCCACGUACGUGCUGCUGGCACUGGCAUGGGUGUUCGUGCCCAUCUACAUCUCCUCAGAGAUCGUCACCUUACCUGAGUACAUUCAGAAGCGUUACGGAGGCCAGCGGAUCCGCAUGUACCUGUCUGUCCUGUCCCUGCUACUGUCUGUCUUCACCAAGAUAUCGCUGGACCUGUAUGCGGGGGCUCUGUUUGUGCACAUCUGCCUGGGCUGGAACUUCUACCUCUCCACCAUUCUCACGCUCGGCAUCACGGCCCUGUACACCAUCGCAGGGGGCCUGGCCGCUGUCAUCUACACGGAUGCCCUGCAGACGCUCAUCAUGGUGGUGGGGGCCGUCAUCCUGACAAUCAAAGCUUUUGACCAGAUCGGCGGUUACGGGCAGCUGGAGGCAGCCUAUGCCCGGGCCAUUCCCUCCAGGACCAUUGCCAACACCACCUGCCACCUGCCGCGUGCAGACGCCAUGCACAUGUUUCGAGACCCCCACACAGGGGACCUGCCGUGGACCGGGAUGACCUUUGGCCUGACCAUCAUGGCCACCUGGUACUGGUGCACCGACCAGGUCAUCGUGCAGCGGUCGCUGUCAGCCCGGGACCUGAACCAUGCCAAGGCGGGCUCCAUCCUGGCCAGCUACCUCAAGAUGCUCCCCAUGGGCCUGAUCAUCAUGCCGGGCAUGAUUAGCCGCGCACUGUUCCCAGGUGCCCAUGUCUAUGGGGAGAGACACCAAGUGCCCCUCUCUCAAACAGAUGACGUGGGCUGCGUGGUGCCAUCCGAGUGCCUGCGGGCCUGCGGGGCCGAGGUCGGCUGCUCCAACAUCGCCUACCCCAAGCUGGUCAUGGAACUGAUGCCCAUCGGUCUUCGGGGGCUGAUGAUCGCAGUGAUGCUGGCCGCGCUUAUGUCGUCGCUGACCUCCAUCUUCAACAGCAGCAGCACCCUCUUCACUAUGGACAUGUGGAGGCGGCUGCGGCCCCGCUCCGGCGAGCGAGAGCUGCUGCUCGUGGGACGGCUGGUCAUAGUGGCACUCAUCGGCGUGAGUGUGGCCUGGAUCCCCGUCCUGCAGGGCUCCAACAGCGGGCAACUCUUCAUAUACAUGCAGUCAGUGACCAGCUCCCUGGCCCCACCAGUGACUGCAGUCUUUGUCCUGGGCAUCUUCUGGCGACGUGCCAACGAGCAGGGGGCCUUCUGGGGCCUGAUAGCAGGGCUGGUGGUGGGGGCCACGAGGCUGGUCCUGGAAUUCCUAAACCCAGCCCCGCCUUGCGGAGAGCCAGACACGCGGCCGGCCAUCCUGGGGAGCAUCCACUACCUGCACUUCGCUGUUGCCCUCUUCGUACUCAGUGGUGCUGUUGUGGUGGCUGGAAGCCUGCUGACCGCACCCCCACAGGGUGUCCAGAUUGAGAACCUUACCUGGUGGACCCUGGCUCAGGAUCCGCCCUUGGGAACCAAAGCAGGUGACGGCCAAACACCCCAGAAACAUGCUUUCUGGGCCCGUGUCUGUGGCUUCAAUGCCAUCCUCCUCAUGUGUGUCAACAUCUUCUUGUAUGCCUACUUCGCCUGACCCUGCCACUCUGGGCAGGAAGGCAGGAGCUCCAAGUCCUCAGGUCCACCCUUUUCCCUCAUAGGGAUCCCGAGGCCCCAAGAGGGGCAGAUUCCCCUCACGGCUGCACAGCGGCUCGGUGCCCAAGAACUGGCCAAGCCAGCAAAGCAAGAGCCCUGAAAACUUAGGGGGGAAAUGGGAGAAAAGAAUGUGACAUUUCAAAAACAGCACUAAAGCAGUCAUCAUUGGAAAGA